GUCUAUUUGACUAUCUUUCUCGCACAAUCAGCUGAUUGCUUGGCGUCCUACUUGACAGUGGAAUUAAGAGUGAGUUUUUCCCAGUGAUUUUUUAUCAAUUUCUCCAGUAUUAUCGUAAUAUUAACAAUAAAAAGCCAUGACGUCGCUUUUUGAGAAUCUCAAGAAACUCUACGAUUAUGAAUUGUACUCAGAUGUUAUGACGCUGGCCAACCUGAUCCUUUGCUCAUAUGAGCGUCAUCGACACAUCCUGUCGCAUCAGGAGCAUUUCCUUACGCUGAUGUAUUACGGAGAUGCGCUCUGGAAUGAGCAUAGGUUCCGGAAGGCUGAAGGAUUCUAUCGACAGGCUCUUCAUUCUAAGAAAGUGAUUGCUAAGCUUAAAUCACCGUCAAAUAAGCAAACGACAGAAGCAGCUGACCCAUUCCCAGAGACUGAGAUCAAAUUUAAAAUUGCCAAAUGUUUGGUGGAGGUAAAGCAAUCACAAGAGGCGAUAACUGUGCUUCAGUCAAUUCCAGUGAAGCAGAGAUCCCCCAAGAUUAAUGCUCUCUAUGGUCGGCUGUCGCAGUACAAUGGCCAUGACAGAUGUGCAGUGAGUUCGUACAAGGAAGUCUUGAAGGAAUGUCCCCUGGCGCUGGAUAUUAUGGAGGGACUCCUCCAAUUGGGCGUCAAAGGGAUAGAGGUGAACUCAUUGGUUGUAGAUGCCACCCAUUGGCCCCAAUGCUCCGACUGGCUGACGCAUUGGAUUGAGGCUAAUGCCUUCAUAGCCUUCAGGAAAUAUCCCCAAGCCAUCCAGAUCCUCAAGAAUCUGGAGAAUGAGUCAUUGAUUCAAGAUUACAAUAAACUCUUGGUGCUAAUUGGGGAGAGUUGCUACCACAAUGGUGACUACAACAAUGCCCUGAAUUACCUCAAGCGAGCUCACACUCUCCAUCCACAGGCCACAGAUGGCCUCAUGAUCCUCUCCAGUUUGUAUGCAAAGAAGAACAAAAUUAGCGAGCUGGAGAAACUGAUAACGCCGUCGGCAUCUGUAUGGGAAUACACCACAGAGAAUUGGUUCAUAAUGGCUCAGUAUCUCUUUGUGACGGGAAAGUACGAGAGAGCGGCAUAUUUUGCACAGAAAGCAUGCUUCCUCGAUAGCCGCAAUAUUGAGGCCAUUCUCCUCAAAGCCAAUAUCUUUCUGGAACUCAAGAAGUACAAAGAUGCCCUGUUGCACUUGCGAACAGUCCAAUUGUAUGCUCCGUAUCGCUUUGAGAUGUACAAGGGUCUGGUGGAUACGUACAUGCGAAUGCUGCGUUUCCGUGAGGCUCAGACCAUGGCAUCGAAUGCUGUGAGGUUUUUGGGUCAGAGUCCGAGGACAUUUGUCCUCUUGGCACGGACUUAUGUGCGAGAUGUUAUGGUGAAAUUCCAGGCUAAAUCGAUGCUGGAGAAAGCCCUAGAAUUGGAUGAGAAUUACUUACCGGCUGUGUUUAUGAUGGCAGAAUUGAUGCUAGAAGAGGGAGAUAGUGCUGGGGCAAUAAAAUUGCUGAAGAAGCAGACUGGCGUCCAGCCAAACAGCAAGGUACAUUGUAUGCUUGGAGAUAUUUUGAGCGGUGAGAAGGACUACAGUGGUGCCUUGGAAAAUUACACCGUAGCACUGAGUCUUGAUCCUUCCAAUCGCAAAGCCAUUGCGAGUCUUCUGGCAAUGGGACAUCCUACGGUUAAUACAAAAAUAGAAAAUUCCUAUGUGACUCCGUCGACAGCUGAAGAAGGUACGAGCUAUCCCUAUGAACUGGAAGAGAUCCCGGCGCCAGAUAUUGAAUCUGAGAGUGAGGCAAUGUGGUCAGAUGUGGAGGUUGAGAUUAAUUCAACAUAAUUGUGUCCGCGACUUUGAACGAUGGGAAAAAAAUAUGAGGGACUACCCUUUCCUGAAAA